AUGGAAAAUCGAGCUCCGCCGGGCUCAACUCCCGGAUCUAUCCAAAAGAAAAGAGCCACACGAGCCUGCAAUAUAUGCCGAGCUCGAAAGGUCAAGUGCGACGGUAACUUACCAUGUGGAAGAUGUUUGAGCAGUCGCAUUGACUGCAUUCAACCCGGUGGAGUCAGAUCGCGUUCUUCCGGAAGCAUCAGAUCAAUCGUACCAAAGCCUUUGCAAAGCCAACAGCCAUCGCAAUCCCAGACGAAACAAGCACCACAGUCGAGUGUGCGUACUUAUGAGGAUCCAGUCACCAACAAGAAACAGCAAGAAUUGCGGGCUGGUAUUGGCGCUUUCGACAGUAGCACGGAGGCUUACCAAUUCUAUGNNGGUAAACAAUACCCUGAUUACCUGACUUUUGUGGGUAUAACUAACGAGAUUUGUAUCAGCCCUUCAAGUCAUUUCAGCUUCGUGCAGCGAUUGUAUCAGCGCAUCCGGCGUCAAAGUAAUGCCCCACUAAACGUAGCGCGCACAGUUCCAGAAGGUCUUCGUAAAUGGGGCAUUGAACGUCAAAUAUUCACUCAUGGUGAUGAGGGCUCCUCAUCUCAAAACACAAUUCCAGACGGCAGUUUUCUGCCAAAAGAGCUAGGUGAAGCUUUCAUUUCGGCCUACUUUACACUCAUGCAUCCGCAGGGACCAGUCUUGGUUGAAUGUGAUGUCCGGCAGACGUGGAAGGUUCUUUGGGGCGGACCUAGCCAUAUGCCAGACCAUAGCAAGAAAUCUGCCAAAGAGAAGGCGAUUCUAUACAUGGUUCUGGCUAUUGGAGCUAGGAUGACUGAUUACGGUGAUUCCUCGCCUUCUUCUUCGGAUGCCUGGGCUCAGCAUUUCUACGAGCGUGCUGGAGUGCCUACAGAUUCUUUUGAAGAAACCUCUCUUCUUGGGACUCAUCUUCUACUAUUAAGGGCUCUACGCGAACUAUUGGACACUCUACCUUCGUUCCUACAUUUCUUUGACGACAAAACUUCCACCGGUACCACAUCGCGGGAGGUGCAGAGGAGCUGCUUGGGUGCCACUUAUCACGUCGCAUGUAUCUUGAUGAUGCGGCCGGCUUUGAUCUACGUGACGUUUUUCGAUUCGAAACAGCAGGCUCAGGAUAGCAUAGGGGAUCGCAUCGACAUACAACGAGACAUUGACCUCACCGUGUCAUCCGCCAGGGACCUGAUAUCGCUGGUCUAUGAUAGCUUCUUCAACCGCUGUUCUGCAAUGAGGAGGGAUGGAAACAUGGUCUACUUCAUCGUCUCUGCGUGCCUUGUCCUCCUCUUCGACGUCCUCGACACCGAGACGACACCCGCCCAUGCAAAGGAAGUGUUUCGGGCUGUGGAGAAGGGACUCAAGUGUCUAGAUCGCAUCGAUCACAUUGGCUCCACGACAGGUCGAGCCAUCAGUCUAGACGUCAUGAAGAUCGCAAAAGAUGCCCUCAAAUCCACGGAGCCGAUAAGUCAUCUGGGCACGAAUUUGAUGGAGUCAUUUACCUGGCUCAACAACGAGAUGUUUGAUCAGACACCCUAUGAUUCUGCAGGAUCGUGGUUGUACAACUCUCUCGAAAUGCCGUCGUUUGACUACAGCACUGUUGGAACGACGGAUUUGUUUGGGCCAAAUGGCGGUGUGGACCUGAUGGCACCGAUGGAUCCGAAUCAAAUGUCGCUAGGUUUGAUGGGUCAGGGAUUGCUGGUCGCUGAUGGCAGUUAUGUUCCGUCGCAAGCGGCGCCGCAA